AUGCCGAGGAAACUACAACCAAUUAAAUCACAGGAGACCAAUGUUGUCGGUAAGUCGACGCGUUUAAAGGAGCCUAGCCUUGUGGCCACUAAAAAACGCUCAAGCAAAGCACAUUCUUCCAGUACCUCUCCUGCGCUUUGGAAAGUCCGUCCACCCCUAGUCCCCAAGAAAGUCUCCACAAAGGUCUUGAAGUUAAGUGAUUCUUCGCAAACGUCGGCUGAGGCAUUGCUUAACGUAGAUCAGGAUCUCAAACACGGUAGGGAGUUGCCACGGGCGGCUAAAGCGAGUUCAACCAUCUCCCAUAACGAACCUAACAGUUGUCGUGAUUCGAAGCGCUGGUCGGACGACUUACCUUUAUCCGUAAGGGGAAUGGCGCAGAAUUUUCCCGGAUUACAACCCUCCCUAACUCCAGGGGAGGUGGAGGAGCAGAAAGAGGUUGAGAGGGCACUAAGAGGGCAGGAGGCGCGCCUUCUGAAUCCCCAAGACAGCGCGACGAUGCCUCUUCCAACAGGACCCUUGAAGGCGGAGGGGAAGAACUCCAAGAGGAGGAGUAUACCUCAGAAGGGCACCGCCGCGGCCUCGGGUGGGGGUUUUACCACUUCUCACACGACAAGCUCCUCUUCCGAUCAUUCGAUACCGUGUGAAGUGAUUUCAGGAGUCGUGGCUUCAGGGGCAGCGCGGCGGGAUUGCCGUUUGGAAGGUAGCGAGUUAAACGGCUCUAGGCUUCUUGAAGCGUUGCCCAAGUGGCUCGUGGAGGAAAUAAUCAAGGCCGGGGAGCGUGCUAAAUUCACGAGCGCCGAGCGGGUGCCCCGCGAGCCCGGCAGCCUCUGGUUGGAGCACGUAUUACGUCAAGCCAUCCGCGUUAUCGCGGAGCUUUUGCUCGAGCUGCGCGAUCGAAAUACCGCCGCCGCUUUUUCAACGGCGGCGAGCGCUCCGGUCGUCGUCGACGACGCGGUGGGACGCUCCCCGUUGCGGGAAUUCUGCCUGUGGCUGUCUGGGCAAAUGGGUGUUGGGAUGGGGCUGCCGUCGCGAUUUUCUUCGAUGUCGCUCACCCCACCCCAUCGCGAAAUGUCAACUUCAGGGGAGGAGAGGGGGAUCCAAAUGGCCUUCGAAGGGCAUAAGCGUGGUCGUAGUGAAGGCAAUGGGGACGGGAAUGCCCUGGGGGAUUCGCUCUUAUCUGUUUUGUCACGUGCGCGGGUAGACUUCGGCGGUUUAAUACCUGGCUCUGGGUAUAGUCCACUAUCCAAACACGAAUCUUGUCUUCACAUGAUGGAAGAACUGGAGGGAGGUUCAGUUGGGGUCACGCAAAGGGGAAAAAGCAACAACCACCCUGUCGUUGACGUUCCGUCCGGAGUGUCGUCGUCUACGUAUGAAGAUGACACGAUAAAGAGUAAUUUUUCCCCUGAGAAGCUUCCGGAAAAGCGUAAAUCCCAAAAAAGUACUAAGAAAGGGAAGCACAGUGCCUCGAAUGAUAUCCCGAAUCGUGAUACCGCUAGACUUAAUGGGAGUGCAAAUAGCGCACUACCGGGGGUGCCUUUUUCCACAGGGCUCGAGAUACGUGGAGAUGAGCCUGGUAUUCCGCGCACAGCGUUGGGCUUCCUCAGUGUCUCCUGGAACGGCUCGAUAGGAGUGGAUACUCUAUUCGAAUCAGACGCGAUUUGUCGUGGCGGAGGCCAUGAUAGAGUCCUUGAAAUGCCUGCAUGUUGUGCACAAGUGAUGGCAAAAACGCUCUUGGGAGAAUGGGAGGCUGCCGGGACGAGGCAAGAAGAUCCCAAGCUACCAUUAGGGCCCACAGACUUGGUUGCGGAGGGGGAGGUGGGUCAACCGAAGCCGGUGGGCCUUUCCGAUACCCGUUCUCAGGAACUCCCUCAAGGGGCCAGUGGGAUGGCGUGCCUCUGCGAUAUUCCCGAAUCCAACCUUUCAGGGCCACCUCCCCAUUCCAGGCUUCUUCCACAAAGAGAGGUUCAAGGGGAGUCGGGUGCUGUAUUGGGCUCCGCAGGAGCGACACCGACGCCCACCUUAUCUUUGUUUACCGCUCACCGCAUUCGACCCCUCUGCACGUUUCCCAUUCGCGCACUGGAUGGCUUUACCGCGUUGGAUGCAAACUCCUUUCUGGCGCACACACGCGCGGCGGGCAAGCACAUCUCGUUUCGCGAACACCAGAGAACCAAAGCGACCCCCAAAGGGCUCACGUUGAGCCCGUUGGGAUGUCUGGCCUCACAAACCCAAGACAGGGCGACGGUGCGGGAGGAUAUGGUGAAGGGGCUGCUGCUAACGCUCUCUUCGGAUCAGCUCUUUGGGGAUACCCUCUACACCGGGGUGAGCGUGUUGCAGGAGGUAUUAAGAGAGCAGAGGCAGUACGUAGGGGGGAUUGGCCCGCAGGGGCAGGAUUCUGGCGGUGGCGCAGCCCCUUUUUUUGGGGAAGACGACGGCUUUGGGAAGUCGCUGUUGGCCUUUCCUAGAGAGGUGCCACAGGGUCUGUUGCCCGUCUCCGGCGUGGCCCUCCAGCGAGCGCAUCGUCGCAUCAACGCUGUCAGGGGCGGCUUCUCCAUGGGCGAUCCUGACGCGGCGUCCAUGGGAUCGAAACCAGCGCGAUACGCGACGCUUUGUGGGGGCAUUCCUCUUGCACCGUCCAUCGAUAUCGAGCACACGUACCAAUGCCGUAGCUCAUUCAUACCUCAAUUAGCCCCUCCUGCGGUUGAUGGGGAUGCCCCGGGGGAGUCGGAUGGGAGUCAUCUCAUUCGGGUGGAUGGCAGGGACGAUGCAGAAAAAGGUGGGGUGGCUGUGGGGGCCUCUAGGACCUUGACGGUGGAGCGGCGUUGCCGUACGACUUCGUCGUCAUCCCUCCCUCUCAUUGCGUUCAACCCCGACGGGGACCUGCACCAGCCUUCCUAUCGGCGUUUAUAUUCACCGAAUAUCAAAGAUGGUGUUGGUAGCGAGGGUGUGGAUGCGGUAGUUACGGAAGUGAAUCGAUCGGAUAAGGCUAUUCCUGCAUCCAAGGUAAAAACUGAGCGCCGUACUCAACGCGUUUCGGAUGGUUGCGUGGAAGCCAAACAGGAGUUCUCGCCUACUUUUGCCGUUCCGUGCAAAAGCACUGGAGAGCCUUGGCCUAAUCAAAGAAGUCCUUCCGUUCCCAUGGAUAUCGAUAGCGUGCUUCGCCGUGGGGAGGACUGCAUUAAGCGUAUUCCCAUGCCAGAUGUCGAGUGGCGAUAUGGCCCUUUUGGUUAA